UUUCCUCUUCUCUCUGUCCCGCCUUCACCAUCUGGGUCAAAUUCCAGUUCCUCCCUCCAGAGCUGAAGGAGUGUCAGGACAUGAAGUCAAACCCGAAGUGAAAGUGCCGCUGCUGCUGCCGCUGCUGCUGUUGCUGCUGCUGAUCAUUUUUCCCUGGAUUCUCUGCUUCAUUAGUCAACACAGAGGCCCACACCAACGUGACUAAAAACCACUGUGUAUGUGUGUGUGAUCCAGGCUUUGUUCGGCUCCUCUCUCCUCCUCCUCUGUGUGUCACAAAUUCAAUCAUGGGGACCUGUGACCUCAACGUGAACUCUGACCCUGCCAGGUCGCGACCUUGCGCUCGGCGCCAGAGUGUGUUCAGCAGCAUCAAGUUCUUCGUGUUCUGCCACAGUCUGCUGCAGCUCGCUCAGCUGCUGGUGUCAGGCUACAUGAAGAGCUCCAUCACCACCAUCGAGCGGCGCUACGGCCUCUCCAGCCAGAAGUCCGGGCUCCUCGCCGCCUUCAACGAGGUUGGAAACACCAUCCUCAUCAUCUUUGUGAGUUUCUUCGGGAGUCGUGUCCAUCGGCCGCGGUGCAUCGGGGGCGGAGCUCUGCUGGCCUGCUUUGCCUCGUUACUUAUGGCUCUGCCGCACUUCCUGAGUGGACCGUACGAAUAUACCGCCCACAUGAGCUCAGCCUCCAGUGAUAACACCUCUGACCUUUGCCAAUCACAAAGCCUCCUCACCUCUUCGUCCUCCAAUCAGAACUGCAGCCAGCAGAAAAGCCCCGCCCAGGAGGGCGUGUACCCUCUGCUUCUGCUGGGUCAGCUGCUGCUGGGAAUCGGCACCGUUCCCAUCCAGCCCUUCGGCAUCUCCUACAUCGACGACUUCGCCAGCAAGAGCAACUCGCCUCUCUACCUGGGAAUCCUCUUCGCCAUGACCUCCAUUGGCCCCGCCUUAGGCUUCAUCAGCGGCGCCAUGAUGCUGCGAUUUUACGUCGACUUUGACAAGUUCCCCAGAGACGAGAUCCAGCUGGAUCCUAAAGACCUGCGCUGGGUGGGAGCGUGGUGGCUUGGCUUCCUCGUGGCCUCCUGCCUCCUCUUCCUCACUGCGCUGCCAUACCUCUUCUUCCCCCGGGACAUGUACCGCGAGGACGAUGCAGACGAUCCUGAGUCCAGACCAGGCGCUCAGACAAAGUCAGAGCCUCUACAGGAAGUCUCCCUCCUUCACUUCCUCAAAAGUUUCCCUCGCAUCGCUCUGCGGACGCUGCGCAGUCCCGUCUACCUGCUGGUGGUUUUGGCUCAGGUCAACCUGGCAGCGAUGCUCGCCGGCCUCUCCACCUUCAUGGCCAAGUUCAUCGAGAGACAGUUCAGCCAGACCGUCUCCUUUGCCACCAUGAUGAUUGGCGGAGUCGGGAUCCCGCUGGCGGUCCUCGGCACCGUCCUGGGUGGACUUCUGAUGCGAAGGUUGAGUAUUUCAGUCAGUGGAGCCAGCAAGUUAUGCACCACUGUCAUCCUGCUCUGCAUGUUCACCGCCACGCCGCUGCACCUCAUAGGCUGUUCCACCCAGACAGUCGCCGAGGUCUUUCCUCCCAGCCCUGACACGUUAUCGUGCAGUUCUAACUGCCGGUGUCCUCAGGACGCCUUUAAUCCGGUCUGUGGUUCUGAUCGAGUGGAGUUCAGGUCUCCUUGUCAUGCUGGCUGUAUCACCAUGGAAAUGGGCAUCAAUGGCAAAAUCACAAACUACACUGAGUGUCAGUGCAUCGGUGGUCUCGGCUACGCCUCACCUGGAACCUGCGGCAGUGGCUGUGCUCACCUGCUCCUCCCCUUCAUGGUUCUUCUGGGUAUCACCUGCUUCAUCGCCUCCUUUUCGCAGACGCCAUCAUACAUGAUGAUACUCAGGACUGUGUCCACAGAGGACAAGUCUUUUGCUGUGGGAGUUCAGUACAUGCUGUUCAGAGUGCUUGCGUUUAUGCCGUGCCCGGUGUUGUACGGCACCGUCAUCGACACCACCUGCCUGGCAUGGGGCAAAAAGUGCGGCAAGCAAACUUCCUGUCUCUACUUCAACCUGGACAGUUUCAGACACAGGUUUCUGGGUCUGCAGGUGGUCUUCCUGUGCGGUGCACUGCUCUGUUUCCUGCUCACUGUUGUGGUCCUGCGGCGGAGAGCCAGACAUCAGGAACUGGAGCUGAAUGGGAAAGGAGGGUACGAGCUGGCGAUUGAGCAGAAAACUACGGAGGAAGCUGCGUUGAAGGACGACGGCGACCGGAAACACAUCAAGACCUGAAAACCGCCACAAACCAGAGGAUGUGAGGAUGGAUGAACGAAAGGAAGCGGGAGUGACCACAUCGUCAGUGAAUGAACGGGAUCGACGGUUCCUCCCAACGUUUAAAUGUCAACAAAAACGUAAAUACAUGCACAGCCUAA